GUCGCCCAUUCCGGGUCCACAAAAACAGUGACUGUCCACCUACGUAUCUGGUGAAGCGUGUGCAUGUUUUCGGGCUUGACAAAACAUCUGGCAGAGACGUUAGAAUCGCCAAAUUCAUAAGCUCACAAGGUGCUUCUUUGUUUCUGUCUGAGGAACCGCCAUGGCGAAGGUACAAGUGCAUAAUGUGGCUGUACUGGACAACCCGAGUCCAUUCGGAAAUCCUUUUCAGUUUGAAAUCACGUUUGAAUGCAUGGAAGAUUUGCCCGAAGAUCUGGAAUGGAAGAUCAUCUAUGUCGGUUCAGCUGAGAGUGAAGAAUACGACCAGGUUUUGGACUCUGUUCUGGUGGGCCCUGUGCCAGCUGGUAAAAACAUGUUUGUGUUUCAGGCCGAUGCGCCGAACCCAGACCUCAUUCCAGAGAGUGACGCUGUAGGAGUGACUAUCGUCCUUAUUACAUGCACCUACUGUGGUCAGGUGUUCAUCCGAAUUGGUUACUAUGUCAAUAAUGAAUACACUGACCCAGAACUACGAGAAAACCCACCUCAGAAACCUGACUACUCCAAGCUGCACAGGAAUAUUUUGGCCUCGAACCCACGGGUCACUCGCUUCCAAAUCAACUGGGAAGGUCUGGCAGAGAAGAUGGAGAACAACGAGAACCUGGACCCAUCUCCCAACAUCAGCGGCAUGCUCCACCCGGACUGUCUAGCAGGAAAGAUGCCACCUCUUGGACUAAUACCCGACAAUUCCAUGGACUGCAUUUAAGAAUGGUCAUAUUAGUUCUACGGACAAGCACUUCUCACUUGUAUACACGCCAACACAGCAUCACUGUGGGACCUAGAACAGGAAAAAAACAGACAUGGUGGUACAACACAAACAUGACUGAUCAAAUAUAUAUAAUCUUUGGCCGAUUUGCAAUCUCGUAGCCGAGGUGGUCAAUAUGUAAGUCAUCAGUUACCAUUUUGAGGCCUCUGGUUGCCUUAAAUACUUCUUAAAAAAUACAUUUGUCCUCAUACUUGUGUACACUUGCAGCUUGCAGAAGCCAUUUAAAGCUUGGCGUAGUUAGAAAAGGUUGCUCACUAAAAAGUGUGCCAUUUUUUUAUGAACGUGUAGCAUUAUAAAUGCCAUAGAAAAAACUGAAGCGUCAUGGCCUACUUUCGGGGUUAUGUCCGAUGUGCCUUGUUUGCUUUUGCAGAAAAAAACGUGACCUCAGUCAGUCUCGAAUAAAAAUUGAAGGACAAAUUAAUACACAAUUUCCUGUUAACUUGAAAAUCAAAUUUCAUUCCAUUCCAUUUAUGCAGGUCCAUAGAGAUGACAAUUAUUCCAAGCUGCAGUCAACCUUGGAAAUAAAGUUUUCCCUGUCCAAUUUUUGUAUGUUUUCAGGACAUUUUUGUAAUAAUAAAUUGAAAAAUAAAGUUUUUUUUCCACUUGA